GAGAGGGAAGACUAUGGCGUCUGAAGAUUCGAAAGCAUCGCAGGAAACGACGUCUGAAAAUUCGAUGGGGACUAUAGCGUUUGAAGAUUCAAGAGCAGUACUGGAAACGUCGUCUGAAGAUUCGAAAGCACCACAGGGAACGACGUCUGAAAAUUCGAUGGGGACUAUAGCAUUUGAAGCUUCGAGAGCAGUACCGGAAACGUCGUCUGAAGAUUCGGGGGAGUCUGUGGCGUUUGAAGCAGUACAGGAAACGGCGUCUGUAGAUUCUAGAGCAGUCCUGGAAAUGCUAAAUGAUGAACUUCAAGAACAGACAGAAUUCGUAUUGGGGCCAUUAAAGGAAUCUCCAACCAUCGUUGGCAUCACAGAAGAAAGAGAAGUCAUCGUAAGCAUAUGGGACAACGAUGAGCUGGAGACGUGCAUUAUCAUACAACGUUAUGACCCGUCUUGGAAUUUUUGCAUGCGGAUUCCUGCAAACCAAGAAGAUCUUAAACAAAGGGCCGAAGCAGCUGGUUUUAAGGUAGAGGUGGUGCCCUAG